AUAAAGAAUGGCAUCAAUAGGUUUAUUUUGAUGCAGCACUUGUGCUGAUCCUUAUCUGUAUUAGGCAUUUGGGGUUUUAGAGCGUGUACGUUAAAGUCCCAGUGACUGGUGUAAUGCUGUUAUACCGUAUCUGAUAGGCCCUCUGUAUCAUUUUAGGGUGUUGCAUUCAAGCCUCAGGGCCCUGUCAGCAUAGUUCCUCCCAUCAUCUAUGACAGAUAGAUAUCAAGACGAGAAAGUAUUAGCAACCUCCCUCAGCUAGCACACAAGUUACACACAGAUACGGAUACACAGCGACGGCCUGACAAAAUGUUCUUUCUGUCACUGGCAUGGCUAUUGUUGACAGGACCACUUUGGACAUCUGGUCAAGAUUUAAAACAGAAGCUGCUGGAAGAAGAAGUCAGCGUUCGUUACCCUAAGAUCCCAAGCAGUGAGACCAUUGAUUGUGAUUGUGGCAACAUGGCUUGUGACUUAGUCUUCUGGUUCCACAGUGACAUGAGUAGCAAAGUCCACUUUCUAGGCAAAUGCAACAAUGCUGACCGUACUCUCUAUGGAGUUAACGUGGACAAAACACGUUUUAAACUCAGUAAGAGGGGCAGUAAGUCUUUUGCGCUCCGUAUCAUCAAUGUGACGAAAGAAGACAGAGGAAUUUAUUCUUGUGUCUUGAAGGAAAAAAAUCUUAAUGAAGUAUGGAAGCCUGGGACUCUUCUACUGCCAGGAGAGACCCCACCAACACCACCUCCUAAGCCAAAACCCAAACCACCAUCCAAACCAACCUGUCGUUGCAAUACAGGCGACUCCAAGGGAGGCUGUGGCUCUAUGAUUCUUUGGCCUCUUGUCGGACUUCUUGGAGGCUUGGCUCUGGCUGUUCUCUGCACGCUGCGUUACUUCAGCCGACUGCCAAGAAAGUGUCACCACCACUUUGCAAAGAAAAGGCAGACGUUCUAAAAAAACCUGCGUCUCAUGUAUUUUUAAGUGACUGAAGUGCUUUGAUUGAGUGUUCUGUCCGGCCAUGAAAGGCAUGAUUCACCCCUAAUAUCGGGUCUUCUAACAACAUCUCGAGUUUAUUUACGCUUCAAUGAACUCUCAGCAAGAAGAAACAUUUGCUUUUUCAACAGCAGCAGCAGCCAUGUAACAUAACGCAUGUAAUAAUGCAUAAUGUAACAUAAAGUUUAAAGACCCAUGUUGUGUUUUGUAUCUAUAAUCUUUCUUUCUGUCUCUAAUCAGUGAACUGCAUUUAGCGUAAUUUAUCAAUGUGGUUUUCAAUUCAUCAGGUAUUAAUGUGCUGUGAACUGUAAUCAUUUAUUUUGAUGCAAACAUCACAAAGUACACAAAUAGACAUACAGUAAUUGUGCAGUUUUCUGCGUUUUUUGCUUUCUUCUGUACUUCUUUGUGUUUUUCACGUUAUUGCAGCAGUUUAGACACAGAACAAAAAGCACUGUCAUGUCGGUAUUUCUGUGAGCAUGCUUGUGUUUAAACAAUAAAACUGUAUCAUUUCAGUCAUUUAUGGUGGUUAUGAGUGAUCUAAUUAUCCAAAAUGCAGCAUUGCCUAGAAAGCAAUGAUACUCAGGAGGUAUUUUGCAAUAGCAGAAAUGCUUCCUGUCCUGAAGCUACAGGUCAAGCACUGUGCAUGUUUUCCAGUGAUAGGAACAGAUAAGACGUUCUGGCUUUGUUGCGUUGUUCGUCUUAGAUGUCUGUGCCUGUCUGUGGAGAGGGUAUAGAGGUUUGAAAGUGGGCGUUGUACUUCCAUUGUCAAUAUUGUGCUUAGCGGAAGUUGAGUAGGUGAGUGACAGGGUUUGGUGUCUUCUUUUACUUUUGAUGUGUAAACUUGCAUCAUAUUCAGUUUCUCUUGAACUGCCAUGUAUGUGGCAACAAGCUUUGCUGUAUAAUGUUAAAUUACAGGCUACAAAGUCAUUUCAUAGUAAGUGUAAGUCUCUUGCUUCCUUAUUCACCCUUGUGUGCAUGCAUACAGAUACACACACACACAUACGCAAACCAACCCAGUUACACCUGGGUGAUUGAGAAGUGCAAAGACACAACUAAGUUCGCGGUUGAUUGGGUCGCAGGGAAUGUACGCAGCUCUUUCCUGUGUGCUGGAGCACGAGGAUAUACCGAACUAUGUUCACUGAGAUGCUAUCGCUUCGCUCAGCUUUGAGCUAUUCGUCUAGUCCCUGAAACAAAAAGACCACAAAAAGUACCACAGACUGAACCACAAGCACUGACAGAGAAAGAGGAGCAGUAAGCGAAAGACAAAGUAAAAAGUUUCUAAAUUAAUGCAUUAAAAUAAAUAAAUAAAUGCAUGAAAACCUUCUUAAGAGUUUUUGGAAGACAUUUCAUUGACCAAAUGAAUUUACACUGGCUGAGGAUGUUACAUAUUUAAUAAAUGGAAAUACAAGAAAUAUUAUACAAGAAAAUUAAGGAAUGUGUUUGAAUUCUUGUAAACCGAGGUAACACUGGUUGAGAAGACUUUUAAAAACACAUCCUGUAUCAGCACUAUGCAAAAGUAUUACUGCUUCACAGUCAAAGCCAAGUAGACCAAGGUCACAGUACACUGCCACCUUAAGAAAAGCAAAAAUGUAAGUAUGAGAUAAUCUUAAGACACAGCAACACAAAUCAUAAAGGUGCGCCAACUCAUUGGGUACAAAACUUAAUAUUGUAAUCUUUGUAGAGUUUGUUGUUUGUAUUUGCUUUUAAUUUUAACAGAUGUAUUAAAAACUUAUAGAACCCUUACACGUUAUUAUCAUAUGUAAGUAAAUUCAUUAAGUUAUGUGAUGUAUGCUAAAAAGAAUGGAUUUCUUCAGCUUUCUGUAUAGAUUUAUUUUAAACAUUGAGACACAGUUGAAACUAAAUGCUCACAGAUAUGAUGAACUGUAAACAUUAUUUUUCUGUUAUUUUUCAGUUUUCUGAUGUCUCCUUCAUUUGUUUCCUGAAAUAGUAGAGUCAAAUCAGACAUACAUUUUUUACAUUUACUUUUUAAAAAAACAAAACAAACUUGUUUGCAAAUGAUAAUAUUUGUAUAAUGUUUGACCUGCAAAAUAACAAUGUCUUUGUGAAGUCUUGUAAACGUCCAUUCAUCCAUCCAUUUUCUUCUGGUUAUCUGAAAAUAAAUCAUGGAAAACAAGUGCUUACAUCCCAAAAAAGGGAAUUUAAUCCAGUACUUUUCUUCUUAAAUAUUGUAACAGCCACAAACUAUAACAGUGUAUAA